CUAGUUUAAUUCUAGACAUACCGGAAACGGCCUGCUUCUUGGCCAACUCCCCAUAGUGGGUAAGCGCCAGCGUUUGGGAGGCAAGACGCGACGUUCCACCAUGCGCGCGAACAAGAAGAAGAGAUGUCGGACCACAUCGCCACAAGAGAGGUGCGCCACGAUGUACCGUCCGUUAUACACCGACUGUCUCAGGAGGAGCUUCUGUACAUGCGCGACAAGGGCCUCUCCUGGAAGCACAUCGAGGAAGCGGAAAAGGCCGGCGAACGUCGCCGCAGGGCCGCCGCCUUCAUGCUCUUCCUUGUUUGCGGCAGCCUCGGCUGCUUCCUCUGCGUCAGGGUGUACAUGCGUUACCGAGAGAUGGCUGUCGGUGACACGACCACGGAAAGCGAUUUCUUCGUGCCGACGGACAAGCCCGGCGUGCUCAACUCCACGCACGAGUGGCCGAGCGCGUUGCCCGCCGGGCGACCGACGCGGGAGGUGUCGGCCGGACUCGGCGGCGGCUCGAGAUUCGCCUUCGCUCCCGAAAAGCCGGUCCAACUCGGACGUCUGCGCCCCGGUGCCGAGCUAGCUGCUCGUCCGACGAACAAGGAUGGAUUCCUCGUCUCUUCAACGGCAGCGGCGGCGAGCGCGCUUGCCUCGUCGGACGCGACCGUCGCGCCAACGGAAGCGAACUCGGGACCUGGUGGCGAUCGCGAUAGCGAUUAGAGCGCGCGAACUUGUUUGACACGGUUGCGGUUAAGUCAAGUGGCCGUCGUCCUCUGCCAGUCCUAAUCGAUUUCACUUAUUCUUUUUUUCUUUUUGUGUUUUUGUUUACGUAGUCUUUCUUCUCGGGAUUCCACUCGAAGCGUCACCUAUAGCUGGCUCACCUAUGCUAGAAUGCUGCUGUUCCUGCGCGCGUCAGCCGUCUCGUAAACAAACUUUCUUAACAUUUUUUCCCGGUAAUAAAUCGGUCUGUUCACAUUUCA